AUGCCGCAACUUCAAGCCACCACUCCAUUCCAACCACGUCGCCGGCUGGAUCCAUUCAUCUAUACAGAAAUACCCAUUUCGGACAGGAAGUUUUCCAACUCGACUUUUUAUGUUACUCAUGAUAAUGGUGGUUGUCCCUUCCUUGUGGAAAUUAUUGGGCCUAAUUCCGAACAAGUGAAUAUUUAUGAAUCGGCCUAUGCCAAAACAAGUAUUGCAUCAUCUGCUGCUACUACUUCAUCUUGUCUCAUUCGGCAAGAAAUGACAUUGGUUGAGAAUGGUCCAAUGAUUGUUCGUCAAGGUCUCUAUCAUUUAUGUCCAGGAGAUUCCCGUCCAUCAUGGUAUGCACUCAUCAAGGAAAUUAAACAAUCGGAAACACCUUUCGAGGUCUUUAUUGGAUAUGAUAAUUAUGCCAUUCUGAGUGGGUUGAGUGAAAAUCCUGAUGCAACACAUCAUGGUGCCUCUGUUUUGAUUCGAUUUAAAGCAACGCAAGAAUGUUGGCAUGUUGGAAUUUGUGUCAUGAAAUUCGUCAUGGAUGAGAAGAUUGAAAAGUUAUAUUCAACUGUUGGAAAUAGUGAUGUCGUGUAUCCAUAUAUUGUGACCAAUUCCAAUAUUUAUGUGAUUGAAUCGAAAGUUUAUUACAAAUCCAAAGAUCAAUUGACAAAUGCUGAUCCUUUUGAUGAUUUUUAUUCGAAUCAGUCAGAGUGGACAAGAGUGGAAGAGGGAUUUUCCGAAACAACACGAGUCACAAGUAAGGACAUUGAUAAUCCAGCCACAGAACUCACUUCUUUGUAA